AUGCGGGCAAUAUUUGUAGUUCUCACUCUUCUGUUUCUUGUUAAGGGGAAGGUUUUAGUCAUCUUUGAUAGUGCCAAUGACAAAGUUGAGUACAGUGAAUUUGUCACGAUGGUGAAAGAGUUAGGAGAAGAUAUAGAAAUCAAAGAGAAGACAGAUUUAGUUGAGUUGUUUGAGUACGACGAACCGGUGUACUCGACGGUGUUAAUGCUCAGCCCAACAUUUUCAUUCAAAAGUGCAUCGAUUUCAUCAUUUGUUAAAUAUGUUGACGCUGGUGGUAAUUUGCUUGUUUCGCUGUCUGGAAAUUACACCGAGAAGUACACCGACUUGUUAUACUCCUUUGACAUGGAAUCGGAUGUUGCAACAAGUAAAGUGGUUGAUGAGAUUCACACUGCGAAGAAUGGAGAGGACGAAAUGGUCUUUUCAAAUAACGUUUUGUCGAAUCCCAAAGUCUUCCCAACGAAAGUGAAUAACGUGUUGUUCGACGGAGUUGCGUUAUACCUCCCGGAGUCUCCGAUGACCUCCGCGUUACUUAAAGGAACAGAAACUUCGACCACAUCUCUUCAUUCAACACACAUCUUUGCUCAAAAAGAGAAUAUCACAUUGGUUGGAGCGUUACAAGCGAGAAACAAUGCGCGUGUUGUUGUUUCGGGGUCCACCAAAUUGUUUUCGAAUAAAGCGUUUGUCAACGAGUAUCAUACACAGAACCAAAAGAGUGUGUUGGACAAUAAAAAGUUCACUAAGAGUGUGUUGGAGUGGGUCACGCAGAAGAGUGGAGUCUUAGUGUUAAAGUCGUUUUCUUGGACUAAAAUUGAUGGAGUCCCUGCAGUCUCCUAUGACAACCAAAUUGUCAUUGGCGACACUCUUAAAGUCCAAUUGGAAGUCGAAGAGAAAAUGAAUAACAAAGUGACUGGCUACGACGCUCAAGACCUUCAAGUUGAGAUGAAAUUGUUAUUCCCCGAGGCGUCUGUAUAUUUGACAUCUCAAGGGGAAGGGAAGUAUGAAGGUAUUAUAAAGACACCACUCAAGUUCGGAGUCUACACUUUACUCUUUAAAUAUAACAAACCACUGCAAACGUAUUUGGAAAAGAAAGUCACUAUCCCUUUAAGAACAUAUAGAAGUACACAAAGAGAAAGUGCUUAUACUAUUAAGGAAGCUUAUCCUUUCUUCAUUGCUGUGGCAACUAUGAUUGGGAGUUUUGUUCUCUUUAUUCCUCUUUAUUUGAUCCAAGCAAAGUCAUGCAAAAAGACUGAGAAAGUCGAGUAA